GGUCGGUCAGUUUGUGAGUGCCAGACAUGGGCAUUGAGGAAGAGCUGCAGCAGGAGCUGCAGGCCCUUGGGCCGCAGCGCACUGCCUCUAGCUCACGCAAAGAGGACGCGAAGCCAAAACGACGGACAUCUACAGGCAAGGCUGCAUCUCGAAAGGCUGUGCCGAGCGCGCGAGCUGGCCGUCAUCGAGGUGCUGGGCAUGAGGUGACACAGGCACAAGUGACAGUUGAGCAGUCCGAGCCCGAACCAAGUCUCAACCUGAGUGCACCCAAGGCCAAGAAGAGCAAGAAAAAAGGAACCCCUCGAUCAGACCCACAGCCCGAUCAAUCAGAGUUACCCGAGCCAUCCUCGAGCUCGAAUGCAGGCACGCAAAAGACGGUCGAGGUCAUUGAGUUUGUUGAGCCGCCGGCGUUGCGCCGAGGCAACGAUAUUCGCGGUGCUCAUGCAGAUGCCAAGUCAUCUGUGACGGCCCAGGAGUCGUCGACAGCUGGCACAAAUGUGAGGGUGGGCGAGCAUCUGUCUGGCCUUCGUCCAGAAGCCUUGCUGACUGCCGCUCGCCACGAAAUUUUUGAGUUCAACUUGUCGCACGCUCAAGGUAAGAACAAACGACAGCUCAAGCGAGAGCGUUUGGCACGGCUGGGGGCCAAGGUUCAGCCCCAGGAGCCCCGUAUGCCGUAUCCGCGGCUGCAGGCUUUGACCAAAGCGCGUCGCGAGCGACAAGCACGUCGCGAUGCUGAGCUGAGGGAGAUGGGCAUGUUGCCCACUGGCAAGCGGGGAGCUUCCAAAGACAAGAACAAGGACGCCAAGCGUUCAACACAAAAGGUAUGGCGCCAGUUUUUGACCCUAGGGGAACGUCAUGGCUUGUCGCUGAUGAAGUCGGAGGAGAUGGACGUGGUCACACCAGCAUCGUUGCCACCACCCCGGCCUCGCGCCAGCAAGCCACGCACAGCAGCAAGGUUUCACGAUGCAGAAGGCAAACCAUUGCGUCCUGGUACCAAAGGUUGGCGAAAGGCUUACCUGCAGCAGUAUCGUGAACGCCUUCGAAGCGAGCAACAAGAGUUGACAGCCAAGGUUCGGGCGGACUCGAAAAAGCACGAACUCUUGGUGCAAGCCAGUGAGGCGCUACGACGUGACUGGCUCAGCCUGUCAUUACUGGCUCGGGCCACUCGAUCACGCGUGGACACUUCAACUUCUAGUUCAGCAGCUGGGAGUCCGGUCUUGGACACGGUGCGGUCCACGAUGGAACAACGGGCAAGCCGUUCACCGACCCUGAUAUCAAAGAACCAAGGUGAUGCGCCAAGCGCCAAACAUCGAGAUGACGCCAGCAAGCCGCCAGCGGCAGUGCCCAGCGCACUCACCACGCCACAACUGAGCAAGAUCCAGUCGCCAAGUGCAUCUGCCAAGGACGAUCAAGGGUGGCUUGGUCCUCGUUCAAAGCGCGGCAAGAUUAAUGACCUGAGCACAUCGAUAGCAGAGGAGCCGAUGACGGCCACAUCCUCUUCUGCGUCGUUCGACACGCAUGAAAGGCAUCAUUACGUCCACGAACGGUCCAAGGAGCCGAGCCAACCACCUGCCGAUGCGUCAAGCUGACAUUGACGCUUGCCCCAACCAACGUCUUCGAUAUUGAUAAUAUUCUACCACUUGCCAACUUUAGGAGGGACUUAUUCCUGACGCUCGUCGUGUGCUUUUCGAGCAGUGCGUGACGAGAUAAAGAUUAAAGAUUACCAUGACAUUGUGUGUGUGUGUGUGUGUGUGUACGGCGUUGGACAUGAACGCCUCUUCUUUUCACUGCCAAUGCGUUUUUGGCCAUUGCCUCUUUUCAUGUCAAAGUGAAUUCUGAAACAG